CUAUUCUUUUUCUGGUUUCAGAAAUGCAGAAAACAACUGUUUAUUCUAUAAAGGAAAGGGAUGGCAUUUCCAGAAUACCUCUCAUUCAUAUGUCCUAUAUUAUGCAACUACUUCUACCUCGCCGGCAUCUUGGACCGGAAAAAGGAAAAGUUCUCACAGGAUGUCCGCCUAAAAUGCUACUCAGUUCAAAGGUAGUUCCAGUUGGGAGUAAAGCAGAAGGUUACGGAAUACCGGGCGCAAUUAGAUUUACCGGAGAUCAUCACGUCGAAUUUUUUUCUGACAUCGAUGUAAUGAUAGAAAUAGAAGGAUUUCAAGCAGGAAUGAGUGAAUUUAAGGAAGAUGGCACAAAGCAUUCCGUAUUCAUCGAGACUAAUCAAACGCACCCUGGUUAUGGAAGGGUUCGAAUAAGUGAUCCAGAAGUUAGGGAUAAUCCACUUAUCUUUCAUGACGAAGAAACAAACAAAGAUUAUAUAAGUUCAUAUAUGCUAAUGAAAGAACAAUACGAUCAAGUAAAUGAUGACCCAGAUGAUGCUUUCAUGUAUUCAAGACAAGGUCCAGCCAUAUCAUCGGAAGAUUGUCACCAACCUCUUCUCGAACGGGCAAAAGAUGGUAACAUUUUAUAUCAUCCAACUGAUAAAGUGUUUUCUAUACCUUGCGAGACAUGGCCGGAUGUUGCUGAAGAAUGGAUACAACGAAAGCGCCACAAUGGCUGGUUAACUUCUGAUACUAUUAAAGAAAUUAUUGCUUGUGGUUGUCACAUGGUCCCAGUUUCACAUCGUCACAGCUCUCACCCCGAAAUAGAAUGGAGAUUAUCAUUUGCUAAAGCUGAGCAGCUCCUUGCGGAAAAAGCUGUUACUUCAAGCCAGAGACAGUGCCUUAUUUACUUGAAGAUACUACGGUUACAACUGAACAUGAAAAAACUAUCAUCUUAUUGUCUUAAAAACGUAUUUUUACAUUGCUGUGAUGAAUUGCAUACGACUGCUUGGGAUAACGACCCAGCUGGUUGUGUAAUUUAUAUGAUAGAUAUUUUGAUUGAAUGUAUAAAUCGAAGGUAUUUACCUUGCUACUUCUUACCUCAAAAUAAUCUAAUAUACCAAUUGGAAGACCAGGAUUUUGACGAGAUUAUGUCUUUUCUGAGAAAGAUUCGAAACGAUCCUUUGUCUCCGAUUUUAGAUUUUACCGACGAAAAAGUGUUGAUACUCUCAACAGAAGACUGUAUAAGUUAUAACAGGAAAUUCCGUGAUAUUGUUCAACCUGUCAUGAAUGAAAUUUUAUCUGAAUCCCAUCCUACGACGAAACAGUCGAUUUUUGGUUGCUUUUUAGAUGUUCAGUGUAUUGUAGCAUCAGCUAUGCUGACUGAAAAAAAGCGUAUACCAUUUUUUUAUCAUUUAGAUUUCUAUCAACUCUUUGUUGAGAAAUAUUUUCAAACGCCAUUUCCUGAAUUAAUCAGACUCAUAGGCAACAAACUGAAGUCUACAUUUCUAAUGUUGCUGUUUUAUGAGAAAGAGGACAUUGAUUUUCCAGAUUUUGAAAACCGAGGUUUUAUGGCUUGCAUGUGCUUCCGACUUGCAAGAACAUGUGAUGAACAGUGGGGAGCAAAAUUGAGUUUAAGUCAAGCAGAAAGGAUGUUCAAAGAAGUUUUACGUAAAAGUGGAGUGUACCACCCAAGCACUAUUGAGUAUUCAAAUCUCCUUUGUUAUACGCAGGAAUGGGAUGAAGUCAUAAAUUUACUUUUAAACUUCAUAGAAUCCGAUGAAAAACAAAUAACAAAGAUGAAAAACACUUAUUUCAAGGACGAAUCUCCAAUGUUAAAUGAACAAAUUAAAAAGGAAGUUUUAUAUUCUGGUUAUUUCGAGGCAAAUUCCCGGGCCUUUGCAUAUUACUUUUUGAUUAAAGCAUAUUUAAAGCUUAAAUCAACCAAAGUUACACAAGUUCUGGACGAAUUCUUGACAUAUUGUCAUUUUACAGCAAGCUAUGGAAAUUUCGAACUUCUAGGCUAUAGUGGAGAAGAUUGCGGAAACUAUUCUCUUGCCGAAAAGGCAUUCACAAAGGCUAAAGAAUUAACACAAAAUAAAUCAUUAGCAGAAAAUAACGUUGCUUCAUGUCACAGGUGUUAUCUAGCGUAAAAUAUGUUAUCACAGAAUAAAGACCGUGCUAAAAUACAUUUUGAUAAUGGAAAAAAAUUAGACAAUAAUUUACAUAA